UUUUUGAAUGGCCUAAAGAUACUUUUAACUCAUAGAAGUUCUUCAGUGUUUAACUUUCCUAAUUUAAAAAAUAGUAUUAUUGCUAUUUUAUUUAGCCUAAAAAAUGCGCUUAUAGAUUAAUUAAAAUACAUGAUAAUAAAAGUUCAGUUAAAAAUUUUUUUAAGCUAUUAUAAGCAUAUAUUUAAGGACAUAAAGUUUAUCAUCAAAGCAUAGUGAAUUACCAAUCAUCUGAUAAAAAAAUUAUCUCGCAGAAUCCCAGCCACAGCUAUAUCACUAAAGUUUUGAAGAGUAUUUUAGGAGAGGGGAAUAAUAUAAAAAAUAUUGUUGCUUUUCAAUAAUAAUCUGAAGAUUUUUAUUAUUUUCAUUUUACCAAUAAAGAGAAUAGCACACAGUUAAAACUAUUUAUUAUAAUCAUUGAUAAGUUAAAUAAUUGA